CUUAAAUAUUUCAGCCCGCAUGAGGAGCGCCAGAGAGGAUAGUUUUUGACGCGGGACAUGACCGAGCUGACAGGUGCGCACACCGCGAUGACAGCGACACUUGUUCUGCUACUGCUGCCGCUGCUGCGCCCCUCCGUCGGAGAGGCGCAGCAGUCCAACGCGACUGUAAGAGAGUAUCAUGUAGCAGCUGUGGAAAUCGGCUGGGACUACAUGCACCUGGACAAGGCCGACUCAGGGCCUAACCAGAAAAUGAGAUCCAGUAUUCCUCAAAAAUACAUCAAGGCGGUGUACAGAGAGUAUACAGACUCCACAUACACUGUCCCCAAACCAAGGCCAGCAUGGACAGGUAUUCAAGGUCCGGUGAUCGUUGCCCAGGCUGGUGACCGGGUGGUGCUCCACUUUAAGAACCUGGCCUCUCAGCCGUACAGCAUCAGCCCCAUAGGGAUCACUUACUGGAAACAGUCUGAAGGAGCUGGCUAUGAUGACUCCACAGUGGGUCAGGAGAAGGAUGAUGAUGCUGUCUCUCCUGGAGGGUACUAUAAGUACGUGUGGGACAUCCACCCUAAAGACGGUCCCACCACCAGCGACCCUGAGUGCCUCACCUACUCCUACUCAUCCCAAGUGGACACAGUCAGAGAUGUGAACUCCGGACUCAUCGGUGCCCUUCUCAUCUGCAAAUCAAGUGCUUUCACAGAGGAAGGCCAGAGGAGAAGACCAGCGUUUGUCCUGCUGUUUGCAGUGUUUGAUGAGACCAAGAGCUGGUAUGGACAGGUAGGAGAGAGGAUGAGCAGAGAGAAGUACACGAGGAGCCGUGGCAGGAAGGAAUACCACACCAUCAAUGGAUAUGUCAACUCCACAUUGCCCGGCUUGAAAAUGUGCCAAGGUGGCAGUCAUGUGUUUUGGCAUAUGAUUGGGAUGGGCACAGCUCCUGAAAUCCACUCCAUUCAGUUUCAGGCUCACACUCUGCAGGUGCUUUCUCAUCGUAAAGUAACUAUGGAGGUGACCCCUAUGACCUUCAUCACUGCAGAAAUGAGACCCACUACUCUAGGCCGCUUCCUUAUCAGUUGUCAGAUACCAGCUCACCGCAAUGAUGGUAUGAGCGCGUUGUUUACGGUGGAGAAAUGUCCUGACCCUAUCAUUGUGCCGGGACCUGACCUGCGUAAAGUCAAACACAAGGAUUACAGGGACUACAGUGAAGAGUACAGUGAUGAAGACUUUGAGGAUUCCUUCAACACCAUAAACUUUCAACCCAAGAAUCCACUGCAAGCGAGAGCCAGCAGAGGAGAGUCUAAAUCUUGGCGGCAUUACAUCGCUGCUGAGGAGGUCACCUGGGACUACGCUCCUCACCUUAAACCCACAGACAGUGAGUUGCGGUCUAGGUAUUUUCCUGCAGCUCCUCAUCACCUGGAUUACAAGUAUAAAAAGGUGGUGUAUGUGGAAUACACAGACGGAUCUUUCACUCAGAGGAAAAACACUUGCAAGACACUGGCGGGUCCGCUUCUGAAAGGACAAGUCAAUGAUGAGAUCCAUAUCACUUUCAGAAACCUGGCCAGCCGUCUGUUCAAUAUCUACCCCAAUGGCCUUACAAAGAUCUCGCUGCUGCAGAGAAGCACAAAUGAUGCAGAGAAGGACUUGCGCUUCAUGGGAGUUCCUCCAAACGGGACGUUCGUCUAUGGUUGGAGGCUAACAACAGAUGACGGACCCUUGGAGGGAGACCCACAGUGUCUGACCCAGCUGUAUCAGAGCACCAUCUCACCAGAGAGGGAUUUGGCAUCGGGGCUGGUGGGCACCCUGCUCAUUUGCAAGUAUGAUGCCAUGGACAUCUUUGGAAACCUGCUGGGACCAGAUAGACAAUGGAGCCUGAUGUUUGCUGUUUUUGAUGAGAACAAGAGUUGGUACUUCAACGAUAACAUGCAGAAGUCCAGCCAAAAGCCAUUUAACAUCACAGACCCUGAAUUCUACAAUUCCAAUGUCAUUUACAGUGUAAACGGGAUCAUGUUCAGGAGGCACCAGCUUGUGAUGUGUAAAAAUGAUGUCACUUUCUGGCAUGUGGUUAAUGUGGGCACCCAGACUGACUUCCUCUCUGUCUACUUCACGGGAAACCUCUUUCAGUACCAGCAUCUUUACCAAUCCGUCCUCACACUCUUCCCCAUGACUGGCAUGUCAGUUCCCAUGGAGACUGAACUGCUGGGUGAGUGGGAGAUAAGUGCCUUUGAUAGCAGCCUUAAGAGCCGGGGAAUGAGUAUCCGUUACAGCGUUAUUUCCUGCGGCAGUGGAGACCUUGUUGACAAAAAUCGGUUUGUGGAAAAUAUAUGCUAUACUGAUCAGAUACAUCUACAGCCAAGGGGAAGUGGACCUCAAAAUCGCACAGCGUUAGUUACCAGUACUCAAUCAGUAAACAUUUCUGGUCACAAUGUCACUAAUGAUAAAAGUGGACCAGUUGAAGAACAGUCAACAUCACUAGGAGGAAGGAAGCCCAGCAUGGUGUCAGAGGGAGACAUCCCAAAGGAUAUCUUAGAGGAACUAGACAGAGGCAGCAAUUGGACCAUGGCUCAGAAUAAGAUUGAGCACAGGGAAAAGAGAGGUGUCAGACAGAGAAGACAGGCAGGGGGAAACUGGACAGACAUCAGCUCUGGAGCCUCAAAAGAUGGAGGAAAUGGAACAGAGAAUGCAGGAGAGACUGCGGAAAUCAGAACUGACACUGGUGCAGCAAUAAAGUCUGAGGAAAGGAGUGAAGUACCAAGUGAGAAGAAUGGGAUGGAGGAGGAGCUGGAAGGCAGCAAUGAGAUCUUACUGAGCAGAAAUCCAACUGUAGAACCAAGCAUGAGUCAUAACUUACCACAAAACCACAUUCAGGCUGAACCAGAGCAACUUACAGCAGAUUUGCUGGAAUACAAUUAUAACAACGCAACAAGGAUUGGUCUGUCUGUGGAGUAUGAUGACUACACCCAAGAGGUGAACAACGCAUCAGAUGUAUUUGACACAAAUUAUGUGAACCCACGCUCUGGAAAAAUCAGACAUCCCAGUUACUACAUCGCCGCAGAGGAGAUCACUUGGGACUAUGGUAUCAAAAAACCACGGCAGUUCAUCAGUCCCAUAGAGAUGCGUCGAGGGAUGAGGAAGUUCCUGCCAGAGUAUAAGAAGGUGGUGUUUCGAGCCUACACGGGUGAAGACUUCCAGGAUCCGAUAGGCAGAGGGGAGCUUCAAGAACACCUGGGAAUCAUGGGACCUUUAAUCAGAGCUGAGGUUAACGAGCUCAUCACUGUGGUCUUUAAGAACAAGGCAUCCAGGCCUUACUCUUUUCAUCUUCAAGGAGUCUAUGACAACGUAGUCCAAAACAAUGCCACUCCACCUGGGGUCCCAGGAGAGCCUGUGGCUCCUGGGGAGGUGAAGACCUAUAACUGGAAAACAACAAAGAGGCAAGGACCAACCGAACCAGAAGUUGACUGCAAGACUGGGGCUUACUACUCUACUGUAGACAAGGAGAAGGACCUUCACUCAGGGCUGAUCGGUCCUCUGGUGAUUUGUAAGCCUGGUACCCUCCAGAUUCAUCAAAACAGGCAGCCAGACAUCCAGGAUUUUUCCCUGCUCUUCCACACCUUUGAUGAAACUAAAAGCUGGUACCUGGAGGAGAAUCUGCUGCAGCACUGUGUUCCACCCUGUCAGGUCAACACUGAGGACCCCUGGUACCACAUCAGCAAUAAAUUUGCAGCAAUAAAUGGUUAUGUGGCAGAGACACUUCCUGGUCUGAUGGUCGCCCAGAACCAGCUAGUCAGGUGGCACCUACUGAACGUAGGAAACAAUGAAGAGUACCACGCUGUGCACUUCCAUGGUUUGCCUUUCACUGUUCACGUUAAACAGGAACACCGUAUGGGAGUCUACAGCCUCUUCCCUGGUGUGUUUGGCACAGUGGAAAUGAGACCCCCCACAGUUGGCACAUGGCUGGUGGAGUGCACCAUAGGAGACUACCAGCUGGCUGGCAUGCGGGCUAAACUACUGGUGUAUAAUCCACGAUGUGUCUUGCCGCUGGGCAUGAAAUCAGGAAGGAUUCAGGAUUCUCAGAUCACAGCCUCAGAUCACAUAGGUAACUGGGAGCCCAGGCUGGCCAGGCUGGAUCAGUCGGGUUCAAUCAACGCUUGGAUGGGCAGAAACGAGAAGUCAUGGAUACAGGUUGACCUCCAGAGGCCCACCCUGCUGCAUGGUGUGCAGACACAGGGAGCCAGCUCAUGGCUGAAGGACAACUACGUCAUAUCCUUCAACAUCUCCUACAGUCUGGACCAGGAUUCUUGGAGCACUUACAGAGGAAACAGCACCGAGUCAGACAUGAUGUUUGGUGGCAACAUGGACAGCUCCAGAGUAAAAAAAAACUACUUCUCGCCACCAUUUGUGGCUCGCUACGUCAGGAUUCAUCCGGUGAGCUUUGUGCGAAACCCUGCUCUCCGACUGGAGCUGCUGGGCUGCGAUCUCAACAGUUGCUCACUCCCUCUUGGGCUCCGGAGGCUGAUUCCUGACAGCAGCUUUAGUGCCUCCUCAUUUUAUUCAUCCCUGCUGCACAGCUGGAGCCCCGAACUCGCACGCCUCCAUCAAGGAGGCAGCAUCAAUGCCUGGAGGCCCAAGAACAACAAUCCUCAUGAGUGGCUGCAGGUUGACUUGGGAAAAAUCAAACGCAUCACAGGAGUCGUAACUCAAGGAGCACAAUAUCUGUUUACCCCGAUGAUGGUGACAGAGUUCUCCGUUACCAUCAGUCAUGAUGGACAGUCCUGGAGCAGCGUGUUAGAGGAGAGAUCCCGAAGAGAGAAGAUCUUCACAGGUAACAACGACCCAGACGAAGAAGCUGUCACAGAUUUUGAUCCUCCUUUGUUCGGCCGCUACCUCCGUAUCCACCCCCGGGGUUGGACCAACGACAUCGCCCUGCGUCUGGAGGUCCUGGGCUGUGACACACAGCAGGGGCUGUGACACCAGUGGACAAAUAACAUGCAGCAUCUUAGUAGCAGUGAGGGUGUAAUGCAUCUUGGUCUCACUGUGAUGCUUGACAAGUGAAGAGAAAUGUUAUAUAGAGCACUUCUUAUAUAUAAGUAUAUGUAAACUGUACUUUGUUCAGAAAAAAUGCUAUCCAAAACUGAUUAUUUUGGACUCAUCCAGUGAAUCAAUAUGUUUAAAGUAACAUGUAUAUAAUAAGUUAGCAGGGAAAAACCCAAUUUAAAGUGUCAGUUUUAAGAUAAACA